UCGAAUUCAGAGGCAGACCAGAUCGGCGUGCAAGUUUGGCGGAGAAGAAAAAUGAGUGCCGAAAAAGAAUCCUAUGCUACUCAGCGUCGCGUAUCCUGCACCAAAUGCUUCGAUGCUCUCUGGUUUUGCUAUUCCCCGGUUCAUCAAUUGCAACAAUAUUAUAGAGUAGGAGUUCUUGAUAAUUGCUAUGGGAAGUGGAGUGCUCUUUGGGAUUGUUUGUAUUUGAAAACCAAACCCUCUUCUCAACUCGAGGAAAUUCUGGUAGCUCGCGAGAAAGCCGAGUCCCAUAUUUGGACAUUUCGGACGCCUGAAGAAGCAAAAUCUUUUUGGAUGAAGGAAUUCGGACAUUUAGAAGAUACGGAUUCAUAAAUUUGAAAAGUAUUAGAGCUUUAUUGCGCAUAUGAUAUUUAGCAGCAUUACAUCUUCAUUGCUCCAUCUUAGGUUUUUGUAUGACAGGUAGAAAUAAAUUGUCAUUGAGCUGUAUGUUGCAGAUUUGCAUCUGAUGUUUCUUGUUUACCCCUCCCCCUU